AUGACCGUCAACAAGACGUUCGACGAGUAUGUGUGCUCCAUCGGAUUUCAAGUAUCGGACUUCGACCCAUGUCUCUACAUCAAGACUUCGGACGGCCAUUGCGUGUUUAUACUGGUCUACGUGGACGACGUCUUGGUGACUGGAAGCUCACUCGAGCUGAUUGCACAAACCAAGAACGACCUGAAGACGCGGUUCGAAAUGACGGACAGCGGCAAGUGUGCGUUUGUUCUUGGGAUCGAGCUUUUGGACGGUGAAGAUGGCAGUGUGACACUAUGUCAGCGUCGGUAUGUCGAUGAUAUCCUCAAGCGCUUUGGCAUGGAUGAUUGCAAGGCAGUCGCAAGUCCAGUCGACAUGAGCUCUCAACUUGUUUCAAGUGAUGCAACUACCAAGGUCGAUGCUCCUUUUCGCGAAGCUGUUGGUGCGUUGAUGCACCUGACCACUGCAACGCGUCCGGACAUUGCGUUUGCUGUGGGCUAUGUGUCGCGGUUCAUGGAAAAUCCCCAAGAAGAACACUGGGUUGCAGUUAAGCGUAUCUUUCGCUACCUACAAGGCACCAAGACGCAUGGAAUUUGCUACAAGCCAAGUGCAAGGAUCGACUUCCGUGGAUAUUCGGAUGCGGAUUGGGCUGGUGAUCUUACCGACCGCAAGUCAACAUCGGGGUACACGUUCAUGCUACUCGUUGCGCCAGUCAGUUGGGGCAGCAAGAAGCAGCCAAGUGUUUCGUUGUCCACGAGCGAAGCCGAAUACAUCGCACUCAGCUUGGCAAUUCAAGAGGGCAAGUGGAUUCAUCGUCUGCUUUGUGAGAUCGUGAUGGCUGCCAAUGAAGAAGGACCGGAACUCAUGAUCCAUGAAGACAAUCAGUCGUGUAUCAAGAUGACGAAGAACCCAGUCAACCACGGCCGUGCCAAGCACAUUGAUAUCAAGUACCAUCACAUCCGUGAUGAGGUCAAGCGCGGUGAAGUGAAGCUCAAGUACUGUGAAACUGCGGUGAUGUUAGCGGACAUCAUGACGAAGGGACUUCAUGGACCACGCCACAAGGAGAUGACGACGGCUCUCGGGAUUCGUGAGCAUUCGGAUUGA